UCCUUUUUGGUGUAAAUCUGGAGUCUAAUUCCGUAAUAUAUCACGGUACCUCGUAAAACCGACACUAAAACGUCCCGGCCUACAAAUCACCCGGCCAGAUUAUGAGUUCAUUGUAUUAUGCGAAUGCUUUAUUUUCUAAAUAUCAGGCCGCAAAUUCGGUUUUCCCCUCCGGAGUGUUUCCUGAGCAAACUUCUUGCGCCUUCGCUUCCAAUGCCCAGCGCCCCGGGUAUGGCUCCAGUUCCACGGCCUCUUUCGCUGCCUCCAUGCCUGGUUUGUACCCCAACGGGGGAGGCAUGCACCCCCAAGCCCCCGGCAUGUACUCCGGCAGCUACGGACUGGAAGCCAGCUCCUUCAACAUGCACUGUUCCCCUUUCGAGCAAAACCUCUCCAUGAUGUGUCCGGGAGACGCGUCCAAGCCCAACUGCAACAAAAGCGACCAGAGGGACGCAGACUUGCGGCACGAAAACAACUUGCGAAUAUACCCUUGGAUGAGAAGCACAGGGACUGACAGAAAGAGGGGGCGCCAGACCUAUACCAGGUACCAGACAUUGGAACUGGAGAAAGAAUUCCAUUACAACCGUUACUUGACCAGAAGACGACGCAUUGAGAUAGCUCAUGCUUUAUGUCUUACAGAGAGACAGAUCAAAAUCUGGUUCCAAAACAGGCGUAUGAAGUGGAAAAAGGAAAAUAAACCCGCGGGCCCAGGCUCAAACAGCCAGGAAAAACCAGACGUGGAAGAAGAGGAAGAAGAGUGAAGAAAACGAGGGGGGAGGGGAACAAGAGUGUGAGAGUGUAAGAAAGAGAGAGAGAGGGAGAGAGAGAGAGAGAGAGGUGGGUGAGAAGAAGCGUGAGACAAACUGACUGUACUGUCCAGGAAGUUAAAGCAAGAAACAGAAAUGUAAAAAAGUUAACCAGUAAAGACUGUACAUUAUACAAGAAACUAAACAUCCAAACAAACUGAGUGGAUGAUCUCUUCUGUUUCUUGACACUUGGAAAACUACCUAUAUUAACAUUUCUCUCCUUGUUUGUUUGUGUUUUUUGUACAACAAAAAUCGAUAAUAAAUCUACCUAUUAAGUGUCUCUUUAGAAUCAAUAUAAAUAAUGUUUUGUUUGCCUAUGUGGGUCUUCAUAUAGUCCAAGUAUUUGUAAGUCUUUUUAAAAAUCUCUCGUGUAUUUUUUUUAAAUGGUAUAUGAAGUGAAAAUGUGGACGUGUUUAGCACUUUUUCUUAGAAAACGUGAACUCCAAACGUGCGAAGGGAACACAACGUUUAGCAUAAAGUGGCUGUUGUAUAUAAUUCUAUGAGAUUUCUGUAUUCUCCUCCUCCCUUCUUGGUAGAUUUGUGCCUCUAUGUCUGGUUAUCGGUGCUGUAUUUUUUUUUUAUUUCUUUUGCUUAUUUUUAUUGGUGUAUAUUUUUACUUGUUCGACAAUGGACUUCUUUUUGCCGUCACUAGAGAUACCGAAAUUAAUAUUGUGCUGCGUAAAACCGAUGUAUAUGAUAGCAAAUAAUUUAAUAGCUGGCCAAGCCUUUUUAUUUGUAUUACGUGAUUACUAUGAGUAGAGAGAGGGAAAAAAGAAACAUUAAAAAUAAUCUUACUGAA